GGUGGUGCCAACCCGACCGGAAGAGUCUAGCCUCGAAAGCUAGAGAGAGACGCUCUCAACUUCCAGAUCUUACCGAGUUCUUUAGUUAGGAGUGGACUCGGGCCAGGCCAACCGGUCCGGAAUCGGACCGGCCCGGUGAACCGGUUGGUUGCCCGAUUCGGGCCACCCGACCCGGUGAACCGGUUGGUUGCCCGGUUCGGGCCACCCGGCCCGGUGGGAUGGCGGUUCGAGCUCGGGCCCUUCAAAAGGUGAAUCGGCCCGGGCCGGGUCAAUUUAUUAUUUUUUUUUUGAAUUUUUUUUUAAGUUUUUGGGUUGGGCUGGGUAUUUUGGGCCAUUUGAGGUGGUUAGGGUUGGUUUGGGGGUGAGGGCGAGGGUUGGGGGUUAACUAGGAAAAGCCAAAAAAAAAAAAAUAGAACUGAGGCCCGGCCCGGCCCGGACCCGGGCGUUACCCGGGCUGGUUCCGGGCCUCCUCUUCAUGAACCGAGGCCCGGCCGGGCCCGAACCGGAACCGGUCCACCCCUAUCUUUAGUAGAUCUUACCAAGUUCUGAUAAUUAACCCCUAUUUUUGUCCCAUUAGAUUUCACCGACUUUCCUUUUUUGUUUGAAUAGAAAAUUUUGUUACUUUGUUUUUAAAUAAAUGAAUUGUGAUUCCGUUUAUUUCUGUCCCUUCUACCCAAAUAUGAAUCAUAUAAUUUUUUUAUUUUAUUUUAUAGCCAAUGCAAAGAAGUCAAUGUCUAAUGAAAUGGAGAAUAUAUGUUUCGAAAUUUCCUCAAGCAUGACGCAUCAUUAAAGUAAAUUAGUUACGAUAGUAUUAAAUUGAUAAGCAUCACAAGCAACUACCAAAGUUGCAGACGAAGUUUGGAUAAGGCAUGCAAAUCUGUUGGAAAGAAUCAGCUCCAAAACCGCAAUGGAAAUUGGAGUAUGGUCAAGACUUCCAAAACCUUCCAAAAUAUGGGGUUUCAUGUCUAUCUAAAUGGUUAAAGAUAAUAUUUCUACAUAUAUAUUGACAGAGCAGAGCUCUUUCUCGAUAGCAGAAUUGGUGGAUAAUAUUAACAAUUGGAAUUAAUUAAGCUGCUUCCCUCUCUUACAUAACCGAACCGAACUAAUCCAAUAAUUCCUAUUCACAACCAUGCACGAAAAGGCCUAGAAAUGUUAGAUACUUCGUAUGAAAAAGGAAUAUUGACAAAAACAAUAUUAUAAACAUUUCAUUAGAUAAAAAUAGGUAUUUUUUCACGAAUAUUACUGAAUUAAAUUCAAAAGACAAAAAUAAGAUUUAUUUUAAAAUUUUCCAAAAAAGUGACAUAUUCAAUUUGGACAAAAAAGAGACUGAUAAUAAAUGAAUGGACAUGAACACCCUUACUGAUAAUUUCGGUACGACGGUACUUCAUCUCUCUCACCUCAUCGUGCUUUAUAUAUAUAAAGUGCAGUGUUUUUUAAAUAAUUUAUUAAACUGACUUUUCGAUCAAAUUUCAAGUUAAAAUCGUGUGAAGUAAUCUACACUUCAUGAAGCUUCAUGAAAAACAUGCUUGCAAAAUUUCUAUCAAAAACUUUCACACACCUAAACAUCACCUAUAAAAAGAAAACAAACAUUGUCUUGGGCUAAUCAAGAACUUCUUAGAAAGAAAAGGCUUUGGUUUUGAAACUCUUAUGUAUACAGUAUACUAGAGAAGAUGGGUUCUCUCACGCCAGGUUGGGAUUCACUGGUUUCUGAUCCUAAAGCAGUGAUGUACAAGAGAAACAAGUCAUUAACAAAGGAGGAAAUAAAUUCUUAUUGGAGAUCAAAGAAAGAGCAGAAGGAGAAGGAAUUGGAGAAGGAAGAGGAUCACUACCACCCAAGCUCAAGCUCAUCAGGGCAACUACUCAAUGAUUUCCAGGAGGGUAUUGUUGUUGACCCAGCAGAUAGUCAAAUCAGUCUGGAUAAAUUGAUCCAGACACAUGGCUGGUGGAUAAAGAGCAAUUGGGCACAUCUAAACGAGGCACCACCACCUGAGGAGGAGGCGGUUCACCGGUAUGUUUCUCAGUUUCAUGUGCCGAACAAGGCUUCUGCUGCUACCUCCGACGGCAGCUCAUCAAAUCAUCAUCUUCAUGCCUGAAUCAGCUCGUGAAUGGUGCCGGCUUGUACGUCAUGCCCUGGCCACCACGUAUUGGAUGCUUGUUUUUUUGCAGUCACACUUCUUAAUAUUUAUGUAAUGCUGCUAUUUGUAAUAAGGGUUACUUUUGAAAUCUAGAGUUUUUCUAAUCAGAUAAUAUGUCUGCAUAUAUAAACUAUGAAUAAGUUAAGUUAGUGUAUGCCAAAAUAAAGAAAACAACGUUGGAGAGAAUAGUCUAUGAUUUUUUUUCAUUUUCAUUCACCCGGUGCCGCAAAGGCUCCCACCUACGGUGGGGUAGGGGGUCAGAUGUACGCAGUCUUACCCAUGUACUAAAGCACAGAGAGAUUGUUUCCGGAUGACCCAUAGUGAAAAUCGUGUCCAAGAUUGUAUGAACUGAC